CACGGAAAAUAUUUUUAAAAAUUUUUAAAUCUUCAUAAAAUAAUUAAAAAUAAAAUUUCAAAAAAAUGGCUAUACCAUUUUUCGAGCCAAAAAAUGCAUCUGACGAGCAAGCAGUCGAUCAAGUUGAUGGUCCGAUUAACACAACCGCAGUACCGACCACACAUAAUCCUAUACUGGUUGACACUGUAGCAGCGGCGGAAAGUUCUGACGAAAAUGUAACUAAUAGUCAAUCAACACACACGGAUCCUAACGAAAAAUUGGCAUGGAAGAUACUUGCCUUGGGUUUGUGUAAGGCUCUGAAGGAAUAUUAUUUGCAAACUGCUAAGUCGAAUAAUGCAUUUAGUAGUGCUUUGGUGCUGGUUCUACCGAAUGGAGAGGUGCAACCUGUUUGGAAGUAAAUUAUUAAACAACUUUUCCGUUCCAUUAAGUAUUGCUUUGAAAUUUAUAAUUUUUUAUUAGCUCCGAUAAGCAAUUUUGUGAUUAGUUGUUCAAUACAACUUAAUAAAAAAAUUCCUUAGGAAAUAUAUAAAAAUAAUUUUCUUAGCAUUUUAAUACUUAAGUCCUUUUAUAAGCCGUCGGAAAAUUUUAUUGUGAGGAAACGAAAAUUUGCAAGAGAAAAUAGUUCGCAAUUUUGAGAUAAGCGCAAUUGUGAUAGUGAAAUUGUUUUAUUUCAUUAAAGAUACUGUUAAACAUACUAUUAUAUAUGUUCAAUUAAGAAUUAAUUAAAG